UGCGUGCUCUGGAGAAGCUGCUGAAUUGCCGCUGCCCUUCGGAGGUACCAGCUACCACUCACCAGCCAAAUAAUCCCUCCGACGGCCUAAUGUACGGUGCUCCGUUUUGUUGUGAUGUUUAGUCGUGACUUGGGGCGGAAAAAACGAGAUGGCUACUCCCGCUCCCCCUCCUCCCCCUCCCUCCCCGCCAGCGCCAAGAAGACAUGCACACAUGCAUCUCCGCCUCCCCCAUCCGAACCCCCAAAUCCCCCAUCCGCACCCGAUCCGCGAACCUCUGUUUGCCAGCCCUGCUGCCGAUACCCCUCACUAACCCCAUUCCGGACCGGGCCAUCGAACAUGUCUGUUUGCUUGAGCGGGGGAUAUACGCUAUUGUCCUCGGAUGGAUAUGCAGAUCUCGGAAAGCGAUCAUGGCAAACAGUGACGACUUGAGCAGUAGUCGGGCCUCGAAGAAAGGAUCCUUUGUGGGAUUGGGAAUGGGAAUAAUAGGAGAAGGGAGAAGGGUAAGAGGUAGGAAGCAAGCAAACAACUACCGUUCAAUAUGCAACAUACCCUUCCUCGGCACGGCACUCUCUCAACUCGACUGCAUAGUUGAGACGGGUAAAAAUAUAAAAAGCGAUGGAGUGCCCAAACCACUGCAGCUUUCCCCCCUCCCCCCCUCCCUCCCGAGCACAACCCCUCCCCUCCCCGGGAAGCUCUCACGGAACGCAUCAAGGAUUCGUAUUCGUAUACACGAACCUAAGGCACAUACAUAGGUACUUACUGUAAGGUAUAUGCGGACCAAGAUCUGCCGUAGGGCUGGCU